ACGGAGACAGGAACUGACGUUUCGCCCGCUCUAGUUUUCUACGAUUUUGCGGGAAAGUGAGCGUUCACAGCCUUGUCUCACCAUUAUCAAGUAAUUGUAUAUAAUAUAUAAUGUAGCUUACACGCUACAGUAAGUGAAUAUCAUAUGUUGACCAGACGUUCCUAUAACACGGUUGUAAAGAAAUCAUUAUUAUAAUUAAUGGGGAUUUCGUUGGAACAUUUCGAGCGCUUGGAACAAUCCAUGUUUUGUAAUUGAUCACACUGAUAUCACAACGACAGCUAACGCAAAAAUAAUUACAUUCAACAUGAUUGACAAUUUAGAAUUAAAGCAAAAACGCAAGUCUAUUUUUAAGGGACUACUUGUUUACUGUCGGGGCGAUUUCGUGAAGGGACAGGAAGUUUAGUGAAUCACAACUUCCGGCCAUGCGUACAAAAAUCGAUCACCCCUGGUCUCGUGGCUCUUGAACUAAAAAUAAUAAUUUUAUUAGAUUACUACAACUGACAUCCAGUCAGAGGAUUUAAUUUAAAAAAGCGACCACUACAUUGGAUCCUGGAAAAGAGCCAAGAUGGCGGAGAUCGUUCAGCAGCGGAUCGAGGACAGAAUUCCAGAGUUGGAGCAACUGGAGAGAGUGGGACUCUUCACCAAGAAAGAAAUAAAAGCCAUCGUCAAAAGAGUAACAGCGCUGGAAUAUAAACUCCACAGGCUGAUUGUCACUAAAGACGACUUCAUCUCAUACAUACAGUAUGAAAUCAAUGUCCUGGAGCUGGUCAAAAAGAGGAGAGCGCACAUACACUACAAGCACAAGAAGGAAGAGAUUGAGUUUGCCAUCAUACACAGAAUCAAUAGUGUCUUCAGAAGGGCAACAAACAAGUGGAAGGAUGAUGUGCAACUUUGGCUCUCGCAUGUCGCUUUCUGUAAGAAAUGGUCCACAAAGGGGCAGCUCAGCAAGGUGUUCUCCGCCAUGCUGGCCAUCCACCCUGAUAAACCAGCACUGUGGCUCAUGGCCGCUAAAACUGAGCUGGAAGAUAGAAAGUCCUCAGAGAAUGCCCGUCACUUAUUUCUUAGGGCGUUACGCUUCCACCCAAACAACAAAAAAGUCUACCAGGAGUACUUCCGCAUGGAGUUGUUGCACUGUGAGAAGCUAAGAAAGAGGAAGCAAGGAAUGGAGAAAGCUCACAUGGACAUUGGUGAGGAUGAGUUUCCUCCUGAGAUUCUGAGUGGGAAGCUGGCUAUGGUGGUAUAUAAAAAUGCCACAGACAAAAACAAAGAAGCAGAGUUUGUCAUCUCACUGCUGAAUAUCGCAGGCAUAUUUGACUUCACAAAAGACUUCCAAGAGUCCAUCUUGCAGGACCUGAAAACCAACUUCCUCGACGACAGCAUCACAUGGGAUUUCUUGGCCAAGAGGGAGCUCGAGGCUCCGGGAAUAGGGGAGGAACUUCUGACCGCCAAAAGCCGGGCCUCUGAUGUUAACCGGAGAGAAGAAAAAUGCUGCCAAAUGUAUGAGAAAGGCCUUGAGAGCCUCAACACCGAAGCCAUGUGGACCUGCUAUGUGGUCUUCUGCCUGGAGAGACUGAAAAGGAAGACAAAUGUCCAAGAUCUGAAGGACAAGAGGCAGGAGAGGCUGCUGGGUGUUUUGCAGCGUGCUCAUGACUCAUCGUUCCUGAAAGAGGAUUAUUACAAGAACUGGGUGCAGAUUCUACUCUCGUCAGGGGAUGAAGAAGGUGCAGCCAACAUUGCCACGGCAGCCACUGACCGCUACAGCCUAUCGGUGCCAGUAUGGAACCUGGCGUUGGAGACGCUGAUGAAGCUGGAGAGAGAUGACACUGGGCGACUGUUCCAGGACGCGCUCACACACAUCCAUCCCAAGGAGAGCUUACCAAUUUGGCAGCUGCAUGUCCAGUGGAGCAUCGCCAACCAGAACCCUGAGGAGACAGAAGCCAUCUUUAAGAGAGGUCUGCUGUCUGCGGUGGCGGAUGUUGCCAUGGCGAUGAAAGAGCGAUACCUUGAUUGGUCGUACUCCACUGGAGGUUACAAGAAAGCUAGAAAGACUUUUAGAAGUUUACAGGACAGCAGACCUUUUUCCAAGCCUUGGUUCACCAGGAUGAUUCUGAUUGAGAAAGAACAAGAUUCUCCAAGGAUGAACCACCUGAGGGACUACUAUGAGAGGGCCCUGCAGGAGUUCGGCUCCUCAGAUGAUGAUCUGUGGCUACAAUACAUCCAGGAGGAGAUGGGGCCCCUCGGCCAACUGGAGAACUGUGUCAAGAUCCACUGGAGAGCCAUGAAGUUCCUAGAGGGGGAGAGCGUGGAAAGAUUCACCUCCAAGUACACUCUCCUUCAGACCGGGCGCCUCGGAGUCCACAUGGGCUAAAUUGAGAAAUAGUUGGUCAGGUUGAGGGACCCCAUGAGAUGUUGGCUGCUUCAACAGGCAUCCUUGGAUUGUUUCACCAUGUUUUACUGAAGGAAAAAAAAACAUGUGAACUGUUUUCUCAUGUCCAUGUUCGAGGAAAAUUCCAUGUUGCUCUGCAGUUUGCUUUCAAAGAAUAAUGUUGAGAACAUGCAGAAAUCCACUAAAGUCCUCACAAAUGGACUUUUGUCAUGUUGAAUACACACAUUUGAUAUCGUUCAAAUAAAAGCUAUCAAAUUCUUCUCAA